ACCCCCUACAAACCUUUCUUAGCCAUUGUGUGCGCGUUCAUUGACGGCUAAGGGUCGUCAGAUGAACCUGCGAUUUCAGAACUCCCCGAGUGCAGAUAAUCUCCUCUUCAAUCUGGAGAGGAAUCCAAUUAGAUAAAUGGUUUUUAAGCCAUUUACCCACCUCGCGCGUCAAACCUUCUCCAAGACCUUCGCCCAUGGCUACGCUCAAUCCGUAGUUGCGGCCUCUCAGUCCUCCUAUGCAUCCUCCGCCACCUCCUUAAACCAGAUCACCUCCGUUCCCGGAAAGUUCACUCGCACUGCCCAGCUCCAGAGUGCUUUCCAGAAUGCCUCCGGCUCCUCCUCGAGCGCCGGCGCAAAGGCCGGCCAUGCAGCCUCCAACUACGCCUCCGCUGAUUCCGGCCUAGCGGCCUACUUUGCAGCAUGGCAGCUGGCGCAGCAGACCGGCGAAGACGGGGACUGGAAACAGUACCAGUUUACCCGGAGAAUCGGCUGGAAGGCUGGUGCCAAGGAAUCCAAGGAAGAGGAGAGCAAGCCCGAGAGGGAGUCGGCGGACGAACAGGAUAGCGCUUCCUUGUCCCACUCCAGUCUGAAUGACGGUCGAAGCGUGAGAAGCGUCGAAAGCGCCCCCGUCGACAAGGACGUCAGCGCCAGGGUCGACGAGGCCGUUGCUCGCGAGAUCCAACAGAUCCAGGAAGCAGCGGAAUUGACCGACUCGGCUUCCGUGGUUGAUUCUGCUGAGCUCCUCGAAUCCAAGGAGGCUACCAGCGCCGAGAUCACCCCCGUAACUUCGGUCGAGGAUGUUGCCCCUUCGCCCAAGGCUCCAAGAACCCCAAGGACCCCGGUCCGAGCCUUGAGAUCCACACAGGCCACGAACGAGGAGUCUAACCGAAUCGUCGAACUCGCCGCUGCCAGAUCCUUCUCCCAAGUCCCCAUCGCUUUCGAGAAGCUGCUGAAAGAUGGCGUGGUCCCGAGUAUCGGGGCAUAUAACGCUCUCCUGCAGGCAGCCAUUCACCUGCAUUCCGACGUCUACCACGCCGUUCCCAAGGCCCUCGACAUCUACUCCGACAUGAUCCGUCGGAAUGUGAUGCCAAACGAACAGACGUACCAGACACUGGUCCGUCUUCUAUCUACCCGUGCCCUGGACUGCCAGCACAUGGUCCAAAAUCUCGAACAAGCGCGAAUUCGCUACGGAGGCAUGGACGAACCUGGAAAGUCCCUCUUCCGAUCAAGCGAGGUGGAGCAUGAACUCUUGACUGAGGAUCAUUCUCUCUCCAUCGCUCUGAAACUGUUUACGCUGGCCACUUCGCGCCACCACGGCAUCGUCUUUUCGCUCGACAUCUACCGCAGUCUCCUGACCGCGUGUGCGAUGAAGGGCGAGGUUGACAAGAUGAUACAGAUUUUCGCCCACAUGGAGAAAAACAAGGUUGCUCCACAUGCUGCUAUGUUUCCCCCGAUGAUCGACGCCUUUGCUGCAGGCGGCGAUCUGAAGAGCGCCGUUGAAUGUUACAACGAAUACAGGACCUUGGCCAUCGCGGAUGACAGCGGAGUCUUCGGUGUUGUCGACAGAAAAGACGGCGAAGUUUAUGCCGCUGUGGUCAAAGCUUACAUGAACUGCGGUAAAACCGAUGGCGCUCUUCGAUUUUUCGACAAGAUCAGAACCUCCUUUGACGGAGUCGAGAACCGGGAGCAGAGACUCAAGGUUGUAGAAGAUGUGGUCGUGAAGGACGGCAUGGUUCAGCACUCCAUCAAGGCCGGCAAUUUCGUUGAGGCCCUCAAGACUGCUCAGAACCGUCUUGGUGGAGAAUCUCUACGAUCCGCCGUUUUGAAAAUCUGCGAGAGCGCAGCGGAUGCGGGGGAGUCUGCCGUUGCUUCCGAAGCGUACGAUCUUUUGUCUGCUGAGAAACCCGGCAGCGGCAGCAGCAGCGAAACCCCUGUCGUUGCCAUGAUGGCCAUGCAUAUCCGACAGGGAGAUCUUGUCUCGGCCAAAUCCCAGUGGGCUAUAUUAGCUUCCAAUGAUCACGUCAACGCGGAUCUCAUUCAGCCGACGGCCAUGUAUGCCGUUGCACUUCUUCGGAGUGGUCAAACUGAUGAAGGCCUCUCCCAAGCCCGCAACAUGUUCGCCAAGAUUAGGAAUGCCUCUCCCAAUAAACAAGGCCAACUCCGUGAAGAAAUCGAUGAGGCCAUUGACCUCUUCGGUCGCGUCCUCAUGCAAUCGUCGCCUGUUCUUUCAGCUCAUGCCGCCAUGACUCUGAUCUGGGCUAUGGUCGAGAAUGGUGGGCUGGUAUCGCCGGUUGCAGAGCACGCCAUCGCCAGCCUCGGCCCCAUGGAGAUCUCCCAGCUCAGCGUCCAUGAUCUCAACCUCGCUCUUCAGGUCCAGGCAGGCAUGCUCAUCAAUGGAUCCCCGCUUUUUGACGCGGCGCAUCCUGCCCGUUUCGCCCACAUGCUUGAGCUGGCCAUGUCCACUGGGCUGCCGUUCAAUCACCACACGAAGCAGCUCUUAGACCAAGGCGUCUCGAAGGUCAGCGUUGGUCGUCCAGAGCUGUUGCGCAAAUGGCAGCAUUUCACACAGGGCUCCGCUAAACCGACAUUUGUGUCGCCGCGGUAUUCACCCACCCAAAAGGUCUCCCCUGCCGUGAAGCCCACUCACCCUGAGGAUUCAUUUGAUCCCUAUGCUCAUUCAACUGAUUUCCGUGGUUCUUCCAUGAUUGCCGAAGAGCUUGAGAACACCCGUGGACGACCGGAAGAUCAUCUCAACACUGCAAUGAUCAAGUUCAGAAAUAUGCGUCGUAUUGGCAGACAUCCUCGAUAUAUCACCUAUGCCAAGCUCAUCACCGCUGCUGCCAAGUGCGGACGUAUGAAUCUUGUCCACGAGAUUUUGGGAAUGGCUAGACAUGAUGUUCCUCUAAUUCCACAGUACGGUGCGGUCAAGUACGGCUGGACCUCCAUCCUCGAUGCGAUGGUCGCAGCCAGCCUAACUGCUGGAGAACGCGGUCUUGCUGCCAAAUACCACCAAGAACUAUUGAACAUGGGCGCCGCACCUUCGGCGAACACUUUUGGUCUCUACAUCACCACCUUGAAGGAGUCGACGAAAACAUUCGACGAGGCAACGGAAGCCGUAAAAAUCUUCCACCGGGCCAUGUCUGAGGGAGUUGAACCCACGUCGUUUUUGUACAACGCGUUGAUCGGGAAACUCGGUAAGGCUCGUCGCAUCGAUGACUGCCUUCUCUACUUUGCGGAGAUGCGCGCCAAUGGUGUCCGUCCGACAAGUGUCACGUAUGGCACGAUAGUCAACGCACUCUGCAGGGUCAGCGAUGAACGUUUUGCUGAGGAGAUGUUCGACGAGAUGGAGUCGAUGCCGAACUACAAGCCGCGACCGGCGCCUUAUAAUUCGCUCAUCCAAUACUUCCUCAAUACAAAGCGUGAUCGAUCGAAGGUCCUGGCUUACUACGAACGGAUGAAGUCAAAGAACAUCGAACCAACGAUGCAUACGUACAAACUUCUCAUCGAUGCCUAUGCUUCAUUGGAGCCUGUUAAUAUGGAGGCUGCAGAGGGUGUCCUUGAGACCAUCCGGUCCACUGGCCAGCAACCCGAAGGUGUGCACUUCGCGUCUUUGGUUCACGCCAAGGGAUGCGUAUUGCAUGACAUGGAAGGUGCCCGCAAAGUUUUCGACUCCGCGCUAUCCAGCCGUGCCGUCAGGCCACAGGCAUGUCUCUACCAGGCCCUCUUCGAAGCCAUGGUCGCCAACCACAAGGUCACCGAUACCCCCGCCCUUCUCGAGAGUAUGACGAAGGCGGGUGUUGAAAUGACACCGUACAUCGCCAACACUCUGAUUCACGGCUGGGCCACCGAGGGUAACGUCAACAACGCCAAGUCCGUGUACGAGAGUAUCGGUAUACAGAAGCGCGAACCCAGCACCUACGAAGCGAUGACUCGGGCAUUCUUAGCUGCCGAAGACCGCCAGAGUGCGUCUGCUGUUGUUCAGGAGAUGCUCUCCCGCGGAUAUCCAUCUGCUGUCGCCAGUAAAGUGGUCGAGCUCGUCAGCGGCGGCAACCCACCUACACCCGUCGGUGCAUGAUUGGAACUGGCUCUACUGGUGUUUUUUCGGUCUCUACUGGAAUGCGUCACUGUGGUUUGAUUCGAUAUACCCUCCAGAUUUCGCAUAGACACUUUCAAAUCGUGUUUUUGACCUACCUUUUUUUUUAAGAAAAAAAGAAAGGAAGGAUAAAGAUUUUAUAUAUUUUUUUUCUUUCGAAAAAGAUAUCCGGGUUCAUUUUUGAUUCAACCCACAGCUUCUUUUCAUUUCCUUUCCAGUGAGAGAUAUACGUGCAUUUUUCUUCUUUUCUUUUUCUUUGUCUAAAAAAAAUUUUAAGAUUGUUUUUUGCAGCAUUCGGUACAUAAUCCAUAGCGGAUGGCGUUAACUUGGAUGAAGAUAUCUUACUUUUUUUGGUUUUAUUAUUUUCUCCUAUGUUAUUCGGCGGACUGGGUUCAAAUUUCCAACAUGGCUUGAGGACUUUGGCUUUUUCUUUUUUUUGCUAUUCUAUAGACACAUCUCUACUCUCUUCUGGAUCGAGGUACGAAUGGGCUCAUGAUGUAUUACCUUUUUUUGUUAUGACGUUCAUGUAUCCUGGAUCUUGGAAGGCUAUAUAAUUGUGGCAAGGCGGCGAUAGAUAUGCUGUCCUUGCUACGCUGGAUAUAGGAAGAAGAAGAAAAUAUGACAUGGAAAUAUGUGUGAAUCAUGGGGUCCCCUGUAGGCAAUUGUCAAUUCUGUUUGUUGAUAAAAAUGUAAUAGUACUCCGUUCCAUGGGCUGAUUUUCGGAACCGCUGAAAAAAGACUUCGUGGAAGGCCGGAAAACAAAACCAACGCAGGUAUCAGGCCAUUUU